AUGCACCAGAUGGGGCGGUGGGCCAACACCACCGGCCACACCGACACACUGGUUGUGGCCACGUUCCACGACCCACCGUUCACGCUGGUGGACCCGGCUCGGCCGAACCAUGUGACCGGCUACCUGGCUGACCUGAUGCAAGUGCUGGCCGCGACGAUCGGCGUGUCGGUGGUGUACGACACCAACAACACUCCGGGCGACUUCGGCAUACGGCGAGAGGACGGCACAUUCACCGGCCUCGUCGGCAGACUCGUCAGCAAGAGCGCGCACGUGGGCCUGGCCCCAAUGAUGUGGACUCUCGAAAGACAGCGGGUGGUGGAUUUCGUGGGCAAGGUGCCCAUUCUCAUUGAGAGAACGCAUUUCCUGGUGCCAGGUCGGCCUCGGGCCAACAUGAACAACAUCGGCUCUCUUCUAACGCCCUUCGACACGAACGUUUGGAUCUGCCUUGUGUGCGGGAUGCUGCUGGCCACCGUUCUGCUACGAGUCACCGUGACCUUGACCCGACCUCAGAGCCAAGAGGACGAUCAGACAUUCGGCAUUGUCUCCAGCCUGCUGCACAUAUACGCCUGCAUAGUGCAACAGGGCUGGUCCACCACCCCUUGUCGUAUCUCUUCCCGUAUCGUGACGCUGGUCACGCGUCUGCUGGGUACCAUGAUCUACGUCGAGUACACGGCGGUGCUGAUCUCGGUGAUGACCGUGCUGAAGACGAGCACAGAGGUCAACUCUGUGAAGGACUUUGUCGCUAGGAGCGACUGGUCACUGCUCAUCCAGCCGGGCGUGGCCUACGUCAGUGACUGGAAGACGAGCAAGGAGGACUCGCUGAGGAUACUCUCCGAGCGCAUUCACGCCGGGAGGAACGUCAAGACUCUGACCCCAGAGACGAUGGGACAGAUGUUUGAACCGAACACAGUCACCUCUUUUAAUCUCGAGCAGGCAAGCAACCGAACAUGA